AUGCCAGGCGACAAUGAUGCCAACGACAUCAGAGCCCCGGACGGCAUCUCCGGUUUCUUCAACACCGACAACACGCUGCUCGCCAUAUUUCUCAUAUUCUUCAUGCUGCUCUCAAUCUACAAUGCCCUCGAACUGGUAAUCAUGAUAUUCGUGUCGUUUCGGCGAUUCCGAGGGUUAUAUUUCUGGUCACUACUAUUAUCGGCAUUGCUCGGCUUGAUCCCUUAUUCCAUCGGCUUCUUCCUCAAAUUCUUUACUCAUGUCAGCCCAUGGAUUACCUGUACCGUUCUAACCGUGGGUUGGUGGACAAUGGUUACCGGCCAGGCCAUAGUCCUCUAUUCAAGAUUACAUCUCGUCCUUCGAGACCCGACACGACUCAAACAAGUGCUGUGUAUGAUUUGCAUCAAUGCCGUCGUCUUGCACCUCCCCACCACCAUCUUGACCUAUGGUUCCAAUAAUCCGAACUCCUCUCCAAAAUUCAUUGUUGGAUACAACAUUAUGGAAAAGAUCCAAUUAACCGGCUUCAGUAUCCAAGAAGCCAUCAUCUCCGGUCUAUAUCUGUACGAGACUUACAAACUACUCCACCUCACACACCGAAAUCGAGCACAGCGCUGGAUUCAGUACCAGCUCAUCGCCGUCAACGUGCUUAUCAUCUUGAUGGAUUUGACCUUGCUGGUCUUGGAAUACGCCAGCGAAUAUGCCAUCCAAAUCUGUCUCAAGGGCGCCGUGUACAGUAUCAAACUCAAGCUCGAGUUUGCGGUCUUGGGUCAGCUAGUCGAUUUCAUCCGCAACAAAAACGGCAACUAUCACCAUCACGACGACGACCCAACGAAUGGCACGGGUAUCGACAUGGGUGAUAGGAACAUGUUGUCAAGCUCCAAGAGGAGAUAUGCAGGACAGGAUGCGGGUUUGCCGUCUACGCGAGCGGAUGAUCCUCAUUUUUAUGGCAAGACGACGACGACGGUACACCCGAAUGAGAUUAUGAAUUCGAGCGAGGAGAGGUUGAAUUUGCCGUCCGGAAUUAUUAUGGCCAAAACCGAGUUUGUGCAGCGGGUUGAUCAUAAGAGAGACAAUUCUGAUGACUUGGAAUGA